CCCAGGCUCUGCACGGAGGGGAACAAUCCAGCAGGGCUCACAGAGCAGCUCCAGAGAAGAAGUUGCAUUUGCAGCAGGGGAAGGAAACACCUGAGCAGGAGCCGAUCUAGGAAGCACCUGUUUUCUGAGGGAACGGUGACCCCAAAGGGUGGAAGAUGCUGGAUAAAGCCACCCUGCUCCUCUUUCUGCAUUUAGUCGCAUGCUCCAUCUCCUCUCCUCUCUACCCAGCUCUCAGGUACAGCCCAGGGCCAAUGAGCCACAACCCCUCAGCAGAGGAACAGGAUGAAGAGGGUUUGUUAACAGACCCCUCUGAGAAAAGGAUACAGCGCCAUGCUGAUGCCAUUUUCACUGACAACUACCGAAAAUUCCUGGGGCAGAUUUCCGCCCGCAAAUUCUUACAGACCAUCAUUGGCAAGCGGCUUGGAGGAGGUGAGAGCAGACCAGGAGAACGGGUGCACGGGUUUCUGACAAGGCGCCAGUCUGACAGCAUCCUGAUGGACAGCCGCUACCACCAACAAAUGGAACUGAGGGACUUCCUGGGAGCCAUUCUGCAGAAUCAGAGGCCCCAGGACAUCAACAGCAGCCGGUUAGAAGGCCUUCCCAGCACCCUGACUAAGCUCAUGUAAAUACCUCUCCCAUUUUCAUCUCAUGCUCUGAAUUCAGAGCUCCUGGAUCUCACUGUACAGUAGGCCCUUCACAGCAAUGAAGACAUUCUUGGAUGUGACCAGCUGGAAACUGAUGCAU